CUCGACGGACAUUUGGCGUCGCAAGGUCGCUCGAAAGAGGUAAAUCCGAUUAUUCGGCUUCGGAAAUUCGCCUUUAAAAUCCCGAAUUCAAGUGCGAGGGCACUCGAAACCACUCAGAACCCGUAACGAGAGACGCGUCUCUCUACUGUGUCAAUUCUCCCUGAAUCGUUCUCUUUCUAUCGUCCACAAAUUGUUCACCGUGCAACCUUAUUAACGGACGAAUCUUGCAGAUGACCGGCCACGUGAUCCCGGAAGGCGGCGAUAUCGUCCUAGGUCAAGAAUAUACGGACUUUGACAAGGGGCUCGAGGAGGGCAUCGAGGGCUCGAUUUUGGGCUUCAAUCUUCUGCUGGCCUCGGCAUUCAAUUCACUCGAUAGUGGCCUUCAUCAAAGGCCUUUAUUCCGGUCGGACGAUGGAGCUACUGAUUUGGCGGAGGUUCCCCUCGCCGCGGAAACCCAGACGGGAAUAGCGAGGCGCGAUUCGGGUCUCGGAGCGACGCGUGGCCCCGACAGGCUCGUUUCGAUCCUAUUCGCGCUCAAUCCUAAUUGGUCCCGUAGAAUUUCUCAAACGGACGACGCGACAGCGGUAGAGGAUUCCGAAGCCUUGCCACCUCUGCUAAGUAUCAUCAACGGCACAGAGAAUGAAGAGACACCAUCGAUUAGCGAGCACGCGAUCACCUUCGGUACCGACGAAUGGACCGGAGAGAUCGAUCUGCGUGGAAAUUCGCGGGACGUUCCCUUAGGUUUGCAAUUAGUGAAAUUGUCUUACGUCUAUUGUCACCUGGGCAGGGGUAGUCCGCCCAUAGGUGGCCCGCUGAUGUUGAUUUCCUGGAGCCGGACACCCGUGAGAGUGUUCGGCGGCGCCCUCAUAAAGAAUGUCGGUAACGAGUGCGGCAAAUUCUGAGAGAUUUCCCUCGAGCUAAUCAAGGGGGGAGGCGCGCAAUUCAAGACUGCAGAGAAAGAAUAUCGACUGAUCUCUUUCGCGAGGUCGUCUCUCGAUUUUACGCUCAUUCAGGAAGAUGGGCGUUUCAACAGUGACACCGGAAAAUUGCGUAAAGUCGAGAUACGACCUUGCGAAAGAGAUCGGUCGAUACGUCGAGACGGGAUUCUUAGAAGGCUAGGAAUUGCAAUUAUUAAACUUGAAACUUAUCUUCUUAAUUUCUGAGUGAGCCAGCUUUUUUAAAGGACAGUAUUUAUGACAUUGUAAGCUCACAGUACUUAAGAUAGUAAUUUAAUAAUUCUCUCUCUCUGGCGGGGAUUCCAUACGAUAUUUUUAUACUCUUAACGAUUCUUUUGACGGAACUUUGACGGAGAGAUUUGCUCCCGUUCCGUCUCGUAACAAGCUAAAUACAAUUUUUCAGUUUUGUGAAAAAGUACGAAGCACGUUCCCCACUCCUCGUCCUCAAUUGCUGUCUACUUCGAAAGAAUCAAUUCGAAAUUCUUUAUUCGGUAGAAAUAGAAAAAUACUGCAUUGCCAUUGACGCUACUCUCGUUGAGAAUACGUCGUCCUUUCUUUCUUCAGCGAGCACUUGACUCAAAACCUUCUAUCGUUCGCACUAUCUAAUGAGUGCCAUUGUAACAAGCUUAGGACAGUCAUUAAUAGACAAUAAGCGGAUCUAAUAGUUUUGGCCUCGUUAAUGCAUUUACGGAUAAAACUAAUUUCCACGGCGAUAUUCAACUAUCGCGUAACCCCCGUGAUUGCGCGAGUUCGGGGCUCCUC